GACAUUAGAUUAAAACUUUUAUUGAAGUACAACAUGAACUCAAAUAAUCUUCUACACUCAUUUUUAUUUAACAUUAUUAUGAUUAUUACUAUUAUUCUCAGUGGUACUUGUAUCCCUGAGAAUAAUUGUAAUACAGAUCUUGAUCUGUUGAUGAUUUCAUAUCUUUUAGGAGCUUAUGGCAAACGAGUCAAAACUUAUCAUAUUUUAACACACUUAUAUUAGCCUCACUUGUAAUUAACUAGGUAAACAAAUCUGGAAAGUCGAAUUCAAUCUACUUCUUAUUCUCAUAUUGAUUCAAAACUUGGUAAGUGUAUGUUAUUUGGAUGACAAUACAAUAAUCUGAUAUCAUUGAGCCAGUCUGAUAAUGAAGCCAGGAGGUGAAUAGUGAAUUCUUCAAUGUUACCAAAAAGAUCCCUCGAGUCUGGGUUUAUUUGGUCUGUUUUAAUGAACACUCCUGCCACCAUUCCAAUGUUAAAUUAUAAAAACUCAUUUUUACUAAACCGUCAUGAAACCACCAGCUGUCUUAUCGUAUUUUUUCUCUACUCUGGCUUUUAUAUAUUAAAAUACAUACGUACGUUACGUUCAUAUAACAUACGCAAGCACGCACAAGCAUGUAUUAUUAUUUUUUCUAGUUAUAUUUUCUUUAGAUUUAAAUAUCAAGCAGUUACAUGCUUAAAAAAAUUAAUUAUAACUAUAAUUGCAAUUUCUUCUUUCAAAUGUUUAAUACUUACAAAAGUUUUCAUUUGACAUUGUGGGUUACCUACAAUGCGAAGAGAUGGCACUGCCUUGCAGCUUAAGUAUGGCUAGAAGAAUUUCGACGCGGCCAUUACAUGCUUAAAAACAAAAAAAAAGUAUUAUUAAUAUCGAACUAUUUGAUUUUUAAAAUGUAUUAAUUUUGAGUAAAUGUGUCUUAAGCAUUCAAAAAAACAAAAAACCAUUAUAUCGAUAUUAUUUUUCAAUUUAAUUUCCCAUCACUUAAAAGUCGUAAUUAAAUAGUCUCACUACACUCAAUUCAAGUAAUACAAUUUUUAUUUCGAAUCUUAAGUGGCAUCCACACGAUGCAAUUUUACGUCCAAUUUGAUUAGAUUGACAAUCGAAUUGUGUUGUGUGGACGGAAAUAUGAAAUUGAAGGUCAUUGGAUGGUCAGUAUCGCCAGAUUCGGGAUUGCCCAAUCAAAUGGGUGGUGUGGACGCUAACUGGCCAAUUUUUUAACGUAGUUACUGUGCAAGCGGCGUUCAUAGCGGGUGUGUGCGUUGACUUGUCUUUUGAGAAGAAGAUGGAGCAACAUGACGACAUUAUUAUGUCUAUUCGAUCUGAACGGGAAGUAAUGGAGGAGAUUUUAGAUAUAUGUAAAGACUUGCCAUGCCUUUGGGAUGUGUCUAACCCAUUAUAUAAAAAUAAACAAGCAAGGCAUAAUUCCUUAGAGAUUUUGCGGAAUAAGUGGAAAAAUAUUGAUAAAAAUAUUACUGUUAUAAUUUUUAUUAUUUUUAAAGCAUGUAACUGCUUGAUGUUUAAAUCUAAAGAAAAUAUAACUAGAAAAAAAUCCACGCGGACCGGGCAGUUAUUUGUUAUUGAAAAUAAAAAAUCAUUUAAUUAAAUUUAUAUUCUACUCAAUGAUAUGCGAGCAUGCUGGGGUAAAAAAGAAAUAAUAUUAUAUAUAUCUUUUUAUAAUUUUUAUGUUUUAAGCAUGUAAUUUGCUUGAUGUUUAAAUCUAAUGAAAAUAUAACUAGAAAAAAAUCCACACGGACCAGGCAGCAGACGGGACUCGAACCCGCACCCUUCGCAAUCCGGGCGAAUGCACUGACCAAUUAUGCUACCGCGGCCCUCACGGACCGCGUCGAAAUUCUUCCAGCCAUUCUUAAGUUGCAAGGCAGCGCCAUCUCUUCGCAUUAUAGGUAACCCACAAUGUCAAAUGAAUACUUUUAUAAGUAUUAAACAUUUGAAAGAAGAAAUAGCAAUUAUAGUUAUAAUUUUUAACGCAUGUAACUGCUUGAUGUUUAAAUCUAAAGAAAAUAUAACUCAGUUAUAUUUUAAAGGGUUUUCGAAGGGUGCUUCGAGUCCCGUCUGCUGCCUGGUCCACGUGGAAUUUUUUUUAGUUAUAUUUUCUUUAAAAAUAUUACUCCUUAAGUAUAACUAUAUGUAUGUUUAUUAAUUGAGUCACUUAAAUAUAAUAUAACUACAUUUAAGUGCCUCAAUUGCUUUCUCUUUAAAACGAUUGUUUUGUCCACAGUCUUCUUUUUCUUUUUUUCUCAUCUACAUUUGUAGUUAGAGCCAAGAUUAAUCCAAUUUUUUGCUUCUUGGUAAGAGGCAUCCUAAUACAAACAAGUCCGUUCAGCAGAGGCAACAAAUAAAACUGAAAUUGGCGAUCUUGUUGUGUAUGUGUGGACGGACGACCAGAUUGUACCCAAUUCAAUCGGCAAUCAGAUUGGCAAUCAAAUUGUGUCGUGUGGAAGGGGUAUUAAAUGUGGGGCCUAAGGUCGAAACUUGAUAAUUAAAAAAUGUAGUCUCGUGGGGAGUGCGUUUGCAAGUCUCGUGGGGAGCAUGCAAUAGAGACUAUAUUCGCCAUUAUAUAGUUAAGGUCACUAAAAUGGAUUCUAUUUUUCAAUUAUAAAGUAUAAAAUCAUAUGAAUAUGUUUCGGCACAUAUUCGAAUUGGAUCUCACUUGAUUACUUGCAAGUUUCUAUUCUCGAUUAUUGUAAAAUUCAUUUUUAAUUUAAAAAAAAAAGCACUAAAAUAUAGAAAAAACACUUACAUGUGAAAUGAUAUCCCGGUUUUUUGUAAAUUAGAGGUGUUUGAUCUUUUUUUGCACGUUAAAACGGCACAGGUUAGCAUUAUUUUGCGAGGAGACACGGGCUGUUGUCACUACGAUAACGAUUCUCACACUGUGGUAAUCUAUCGAUUGUAAGUAGUUUUUAUGAACGCACUGGAUCAUUUGAUCUUAUACCUUGACAGAGGGGAAAGAUCUUGCGAGGCUAGUCCUGUGAUUUAAUGGUCUAAGUCUAAUUAUCAAUCCACAAACAAAUUAAGGCCAAUAUGAACGAUUUCUGAAAAAUCGAUCUUUUUUUCAAGUUUUUGUUUAUAAUGCUAAAUAAAUCUAUUUUAUUAAAAACAAGAUUUUUUUUUUUUAUAAUUAUUCUGAUGAUGCAGACCUGAAAAGGCUGCGUGUAAUUUAACGAUCUCAUAUCAGUAACAUCAGGUAACUUGGUGAUAAAAAAUAUUUUUAUUCAAAGAUUACAAACGUAACUUUUUUUUAUUAAAGAGGGGCGAAGGAAUCCAAACAUACAGCCAUCUCGCGAGUUUUUUUUUAAUAAUUAACCCUUAUGUACUCUGUAUCCGUAAAAUGUAUAAACAAAAUAAAAAUUAACAGACAGGGCUGUAUGGACUCAGAAUCCUUUGCCCGUCCCAACAGGGACAAAUUAAUCAAAAAAAGAACGACUUUUUGGCGGGAUUUCAUCGAGUGCGGUUGGAGUCUUAUUUUAAUUAUUCUUAAAUUUGUUCAUAGUGGACAUUGUGAAAUAAAAUUGGUGUGAUUUUGUGUUACAACCAUCUGCGCAACUGAAGAAUUAGUGGAAUCUUUAAAAUAUACGCUAUUCCGGUCAAGUGGACGUGAGAAUUUUAUUGUAGUAUUGACUACCUCACAGAAGCUUAUCGAGAAAGCCAGCUCGAUACAUUUCGUGCCAAACACUUCAAGAAACAUUAGAAUGCGUCACACCGACAUUCUAAUGUAAAAAGAAAAACAGAAUAAAUUAACUUAAGACUAGGCUGUAUGGGCAUUGUUCCCCUUGCCUUCCCUGAAAAGGGAGAACUUACCAAAAACAAAAAAAAAAGAACAAUAAAAAUUAUCUGUAAUUUUCUCUGAUAUUUAUUUCUUUGUAAACAAAGUAUAAAAUUAUUUUUAACAUGUUAUGUCUAUAAAAACUAAAAUGUCUGAAGACAGGUGUUUAUAUAAAUGUACUGAUGAUAAAGAAGAGGAUUUUUUAAAUUCGCCUUGUUUUAAAAUUGGUUCGGGGGUACAAUUGAAGGAUGUUCCCACUACGGGCGAAGAAUAUCUUCUUAAAGUAAUGAAAGAACGUCAAAAUUAUUCAACAAUCACUAAAUGUAAUAAGGACUAUUCGAAGUAUUUGAAAAAUCAGUCGUGCUUUGUUGUAGAGCUUCCUCAUGCUAAAGCACCAGAAAGACUUAUUCCGACUAUAGAAUGGCAAAAUAUUCAGGUAGCUGAUUUUUCUGAUGUUCGCAUGUACAUUUCUCGACUCUUAGCUAAUAAAUCGCUCUGGCCAAACAAUAUAGAGAAAGUUAAAAUUGAAGAAAAUACAGUAAGAGGUUGGAAAACAUUCUUUCUACAGAGAGAGCCAACAUUAACUUGUGUUCUUGGUUUGCCACAUAUUCUUCUAGAUCGAGGAUUAGAAGUACUUACUGAAAUACUGGCUCAAGUUUCACAUGGGGACUCAAUAGAUCACAGAACAGGACAAUGGAUAUAUGCCUUCUUAGCUUGUACAAGACAGCCAUUACUCUCAGAUACUAUAAGCAUAUUAAGAAACUUAGCUAGAAAAUGUGCAGAAAUAAGGUCCCAUAUAAAACCUGAUGGUGAAAAUGCCACAUUUUUGGCAGCUCCGCUCAACAUUUUUAUAUGCAUAAUAGCUAGGUAUUUCAGACAAUAUGAUUUAGCUGAUUAAUUAUGUAAUGCCAAUAAAGUUGUAAAUAAAUGGUUUGACAAAUAGGUAUGCAUAAUCUUAUAUGUUGCCUUAUUAAUUUUUAAGAAAUUGCAUACUUGGCGUGUUUUUUUAUACUAAAUGGAGAAUUGUAAACUUAGGUAUUAUAAAAAAACUAGCUGACCCAGCGAACUUCGUACCGCCCUAAAAAAAUAGGGGUUGUCCAGCGGACAAAAUUGUGAAUCUAAACCAUUCUCAGAUCCCCUUGAACACACACAAAAAAUUUCAUCAAAAUCGGUCCAGUCGUUUAAGAGAAGUUCAGUGACAUACACACUCACAGAAGAAUUAUAUAUAUAAAGAUAACAAUAUAAAAAUUUAAUUAUAAUACAAAUAACUGAACCGAGUUUACCCUUUGUAGAUGCAGUAUAAAAAUGAGAUGAUUAUUUGAUUCCAACAAUAAUGUUUUUUUUUAAAUAAAAAGAUGAAAGCAUGAUAAAUAUAUUUUUUUUAUAUAAGACAUAAAAUGUCAAUAUCCAUGUUUACCUAACCCUGUAAAUAAUAUUGAAUACUAUGAAGUUAAAGCAGUAGAAUCUCAAGGAAACACUUGAUUAUCAACAUCAUAAUGCACUCCAACCUGUUUUCUGAUUGUAUCCUCAAGUUUUGCAAGAGUAAGGCUUUCGCUGUGUGGAAUAUGCGGUGAUUCCAAGAGCCCUGCAAAAAACAAUCACAGUUCAUUGUAAAACUUAUCCUACAUGAGUCAUGAUUAAUGCAUUUAUAAUGGGAUCCUUGCUUUUCAGAGUUCUGAGACAACAAGGCAACCAUUCUAGUUUUGCUAUGUCUCAUUUUUCUUGACUUACAAAUAUCCAAACAUGCAAUGCAAACUUGCACUUGCACAAAUAUUGGCUGGACGUAUUGUUUUAUUUUUGUAUAUUUAAUAUUAUUUGUAUAAAUAUACAAAAUAAAAUAAAAAGUUGUUAGCAAUUUAAUUUCCUAUUGACUUGUCUGUUAUUAACACAUUGGGUUACAAGGAAUCUGCGCGGGCGCCCAGAGACUCCGAAAGUUAUCGCAUCGUCAAAGUUUCUUUGAAAACUAAACAGCGCCCCUAUCGGACGUAAGAACAAACUAGCUUUUUCCAUACCUACUCAAUUUGACGAUUACGAUACUUUACGGAGCUGUCAAAAACUCGUGCUUGUCUCUCAGAUGCUAUUUAAAUGAAAUGCAAGUUUGCUAUUUUACAAUAUAAACACAACAGUAUGGAACAUUGCUGGCGUGGAGUCAACCGAUACGCACUUGACCAGUUUUUAUGAGUCAACCAACGCUUUGAAGACCGCAUUCUAUAGAAUCUAGUAAAGAAUAUAGCUUACCUUCGCGUAUACAUCUCGCGACCUCUAAUGUCUGAUAGACUAAUCCUGCGCUAUUUUGGAAAUUGUAAGGUAUGCUUGAUGUAUGUAAGGGAAACUUCUCUUCGGUGCCAUCCACAUGAAUUAAUUUGUCGGGAAAGUGGAAGGGGUCUUCAAUCUAGUAACCAUAAAGUUUAACAUUAAAAUAUAUGUGGUUUUAAGAUACCAUGCAAUUGAAUAAUGCAAGUGAAACUUUUAAAAUCAUUUCUAAAAAAGUCCGUCCUCGACUGGGAAUCGAACCGGGGCCGACAGCGUAGCAGGCGAGCUUUUUAUCACUGAACCACCGGUGCUUGUUGAUGAGGUCUGAUAUUUUUAAUAACAAUCAAAAAUGUAAUGCGACAUGAACGGCAAAAGUAAAGGUGGACGGAAAAAGACAAGACUAUGACUGCUUACUAUCGAGUGAGCCAUACACUUAUUUCCCAUAUUUUCAACAACAGAAGGAAUCUUGAUUGCGUCGUUCGCCAUGGCGAAAAAUUGGAAGCUCAAGUAAUCUGUGCAACCUUUAACAGUUGAACCACUUUGGCCCGUUGCCCAGCUACGGUCCGGUAAUGUUUUAGGUACCGUGGCCCACCAGCUGUCAACUUAACAGCAGUACCGGACCUGCGUUGUGUGCCAACAUACUGAAACUUAACGUCAUCACAUCCAGUGCAGCGAACUGAGUUGUGUUGUGUGAAUUAAACAUCUCUAUAUGACAAUCUCUCACCGUGAUUCGACCUUUAGUCCCAACAACUGUAGCCUUGUUCCAUAGUUUAAGUCUUGCAUCUACGUUAAGGACAGCCCGUCCGUUGCCUUCAUAUUCCAUGACUAUAGUAUCCACGAUAUCAACUCCGUUUUCGUUAAGAUUUCCCACAGCCGUUACUUUGACUGGUUCAGUUUUGUAAACAAACUGAGCGAAUUGCAGUACGUAAAUGCCAAUAUCGAGAACAGCACUUCCACCGAAAUCCUUUUUACUGGAAGAAAAAAUAAGUUUACGUACCUAAGCCUGAUCCACAAAAGUAACUUGAGAUGGAUCGUCAAUAACAUUAUUUUGGAAACUUACUUUACUCUAUCAACUUUCUCAAUAGGAACACCAAAGUUUACUUCAACGUGCCUUAUUUCUCCCAGUUUUCCUGCUUUUAUCUCUUCCUCUAGAGCCAAAUAAACGGGAGCGAAGCGUGACCAAACGGCUUCCAUUAAAAACAACUUGUUCUCUUUUGCUAAAUUCAAUAAACUUUGCGCUUGUUUGAAGUUAAGGCAAAGUGGCUUUUCACAUAGCACAUGUUUACCGUUUUCCAAGAAAAGUUUGGUGACAUCAUAGUGAUCUGGAUUCAGCACACCCACAUACGCGACAUCUAAAAAAUAAUAAAUAGGUAUUCAUCAUUUAUGUUUGCUGGUAGAGACCUUAAAGAAACCAUGACAAUAUAGGUUGGCUUAAAGCAAGCCUUGGCAGAUAGCAAAAGGCUAUCAACAGACAUAUUAAAAUUAGGUAUAAUAACAUUAAGCCGCAGGAUUGUACCUCGGCGAUAGAUACAUUGCAAAUAUUGCGAUAAUAUGACGCGAAUCCAAGAGCGGGGCGCUCAACUCUUGAAUAUGGAGUACUUUCCAUAGAACCAUAGUUUAGUAAAAAAACAGAGAAAAGGGUACCUACUUUAAACUGGCAUACAAAGUCGUAAGAGUUACCUAUAUCUUUGCUCUCGGCCAAU